AUGAGUUCAGGUGUGAUUAAACCCGGCACUACACCCAAGCCGGGGCAAAACAGUUUCCCGGCUGGCCCGCCAAGCAGCCAUGCUAUACUGCUGGAGAAACUGAACCGAAGAUCCACCCCGGACUCCGAGGCACUCGCAAGUUCCGACGACGAGCCCGAUAACCACCGUCAGGAUGUGCUUCCUCCCCCAGUCCAACCCACACAGCCUGUGCGUCGCUCGUCCUGGCUGAACGACACCUCGCAACAGCCGCUACCCCGCCAAGCCCAGAGGAAGGGCUCUUUUGCGAGCACGUCGAUGUCUCCUACAAGCUCACAUCCCGCUACGCCUUCUGUUGACUCGGGCGUGACGGCUUGGGGUUCCCAUGCUGCCACUACCGGGGUUCUAGGAAGGGCUCACUCGGGUGCCGGUUCGUUUCCUUGGGGAACUGGGAUUUGGAACAACGAGCGAAAGGAGCCUCCGUCUCGCCUUACCGAGGUUUUGCCGUCGCCUACCUCUACGGUUGCUCCUGGGGUUCAGAACAGCGCCUUCUUCGGUGUCGACAACGGUUUGGCUCAGACUUCGCCAGCAACGAGAGACGCCCCGAACUCGCAGAUUCCAUUUGCGAUUCCGUUGCACCCCACGCCCAAGACGUACCGGUCCCAAUCCUACUCAGUGGGUCAGCUCGAACCAGAAUCCGUUGCUGCCGGAUCUAUGGCCGCCAACCCGCCGGUAAUGAACACUCGUCGGACUAUGGGGCACCCCGGCCUUCAGCAUCGACCUUCUCGCCCGAGCAUGUUGAGCGAGAUGUCGAACGACAGCAGUAUGCUGGGUAAGGUAAAUGAGGAUGAGGAUGACGACAGCAGUGGUUCUAUGCAAGGGAGCCAGCACCAAGACCCGGCAAAGACCAUUGAGAUGCUUACUCGGGAAAACAUGAUGUUGCGCCAGCAGCAGUACCAGAACGCCCAAAAUGCGCGACUUCGCCCCCGAGCCUCGACAGCAAGCGCUUACGGCCUAAGCUCCAGUUAUUUACAGGACAUGCCAGAAGAAUCCGAUUACGCGGUCGAUGAGCACGACGAGCUGAACGACGGGCCGGAUGCAGCUUCUCGGAGGGGCGGUGGACGCAGGAUGAGCGAAUAUGGCGUGGGCCCGUACAACAAGACUCCAUACAUGGUUGAGAACCGCAAGCUGGAAAAUGUUAAAAAGGCUUUCUGGCAGAGUUCGCUUGGCUUCGGCGGGCUGGGAGAUAUUCCGCAGAGCCGGCGACACUCGUUUGCGGACGUUCCCACUCGGCAAGCAUCCAUCAGCUCUAUUGGAGAUGUCCAUCAGGCACACGAAUCGGCGGCCCAAGAACUUGGCCACGGCCCAGACCUGUCCGCGGCAUACACCGACAACCACGGAUAUGCCAUUAACAACCAAGUACCGCCUUACUUUGGCGGUGGGGCUGCUGCCGGCCUAGGCGGUACCCAGCAAGGACUCGCACCGGGCGCCUAUGGAAACCACCUCCCGUCCCCUUACACGGCGAUGCCCAAUUCCUAUGCCCAUCGCCCUACCUCCCCUCACCGCAGCAUGUACGGUAUGGCGCAGCCGCGGCAUAACCAGUCACUCCACAUCGUUCUUUUCAAGUGCGCCAGGGCCGACGUUUUCUACAUCCAAGAGGGUACCGGACUGAACGUUAAGCCGGGCGACCUGGUGAUUGUUGAGGCGGACCGUGGUACCGAUCUGGGCACUGUCGCACGAGAUAACGUCGACUGGCAGACCGCGAAGGAGCUGAAGGAACAUUACGCCGAGGAACAGUACCGGUGGCUGAUGAUGUACUCCCAAAAUGCAGCUGCCGCGCAUGAAGGUGCCGGCGCCGGCCUCAUGGCAGCCAGCAACGGUCUACAGGGCAGCGCAGUCGGCGGCAUGGGUCCCCCGAGCCAGCACCAUCAUCUCCAGGAGCCCGGUUCCGGAGAACUCAAGCCGAAGUUGAUCAAGCGUCUCGCGCAAAGCCACGAGAUCCAUGCAUUGCGGGAGAAGGAGGGCAAUGAAGCAAAGGCUAAGCGGGUUUGCCAGCAGAAGGUCAAGGAGCAUGGGCUCAACAUGGAGAUUCUUGAUGCCGAGUUCCAGAUGGACUGGAAAAAGCUCACCUUCUACUAUUUCGCCGACACAUACAUCAACUUCAACUCCCUCGUCACCGAUCUGUUCAAGAUCUACAAGACUCGCAUCUGGAUGUCCGCCAUCAAUCCGGCAUCGUUCGCCAGCCCCACCCUCGGGCUGCAAGCACCCAGCGGUGUCGGUCCCGGAGCAGUGGUGACGCGGUCCGCCGCAGCCUCAACUCGUCACCAAGAUACGCAGCCAGAGCCGCAGGCUUCCUACUCAGGCUCCAACCAGGCCGGUCGUGGCAACCAGCAGCCCGCUUACACCGCGCCUUUUAGCGAACGUGCCGUGGCGCCUGGAUCAAACUUCCCUGCCGCGAAUUACCCUUACCAGCAGCCUUACAACGCUUUCGCCAAUGCUGGUCGCGGAGGCGCGGUGCCGUACAGCCCAGGUUUGAUGCAAGGUCUGGAUGCUUUCCCCGGCGGGUUCCCCCAACCUGGGGGAGACUUCGCCGGACGUGGACGUUACCCAAGCCCGCAGUCUGCCGGUGGUCCCCAGCGUGAACAGGGCCUCCCACCUCUCGGCGCUCAAGGAGAUAUCCUUGGGUCUUUCCAGGGGCUGUCGUUGGGUUCACGCUAG